AUGGUAGUUCUUCAGGGAUCUAUUUUUAACGGCCAUGAUGCUAGUUAUGGAUACCAAAGUGAACUUCACGAUGAAAGCUUUAUGCGCCGAAAACAACGAAGAAAUCGAACAACAUUCUCUGUUCAACAGUUGGAGGAGUUAGAAAAAGCAUUUGCUCAAACUCACUACCCCGAUGUCUUUACUCGAGAAGACUUGGCUAUGAAAAUUAACUUAACGGAAGCAAGAGUUCAGGUGUGGUUUCAGAACAGACGAGCAAAGUGGAGAAAAGCAGAGAGACUUCGAAAAGAGAGGGAGGAGAAACACCGUCCCCUGAUGGAGAUGGAGAAAGAUGCCGAUAAACUCAUCCCAGGAUCGGACACUCAUACCACCCUCAUCAGUCCCCGUCCUUCUGAUUCGGAGGAUAGUGGAGGAGAGGGACAGAAAGACCUCUCAGGAGUGUGUGAUGAAGGAGACUGCGGAUGGAGAUGUUCGGAUCAAAGUGAAGAGAACGCAAAUAAGGAGGCAUGUCAAGAUGACAAAAAACUUAUCCUAAAUGGCACGCAGCAAGAGCAGCCAAUACCCAAGACUGAUGCAGUCAAUCGAAUGAGCGGUAAACUCGAAGAAACGGAAGCUUUGAAAUUAUGUUCCUCAUUGCAAGUAGGAUUUACGCCAACUGCUGCAAAUCUAUACAAAGACUGCCACAAUUGUAGGGAGAGANUGUAUAUGGUAAUUUUUGUAUAUUUUAAUUCCAAAUAUGGUAAUUGA